AUGUCAAAGGAGCUGUACAAGGCCAAGCGACGUCGGUCCAGCGUCCGCGAGCACAUGAGGAUGCAGCAGAAGGCUGCUGGAGCGUCUGGUUGUUCAAAGGUGGAGACGCUCUUGAUGACAUUGGAAGCUGCCAGCAAUAACUUGGAGAUAGUGCUGCCAUUUAUUCCGGAGCAGCUGCGCGUGAACCUAGCAAGCACGGAGUUCUCUACCCUGUGCGAUGAGAAAUUCAGGGCUCUGGAUGUGGAAGACCGCGGUGAGCUGACCUCUGACGACCUCAUCCCGGUCAUUGUUGAGCUAAGUCGGGCUCAAAAAGAUUCUAUAUCAACUGAGCAAUGCAGGAAGUUUGCAGACAUGUUCGACUCCAACCAGGACGGCCUGAUCAACAUUGCAGAAUUCACCCAGAUGGUGCAGUUUGUCACAGUUGCCGGAUGGUUAGAGAGUCAGGAAGGAAAAGACAUGAUCCAAAAGGCAGAGCUUGCAGAUCGAUCUUUCCAGGACUUGAUAAAGAUGAUCGAGGCAGACAAGGAGCGGCUCUGGAGCAUCAUCCCCUUUCUUCCAGAAUGGCUGGUGAAUCACCUUACCAGCAAAGAGUUUGAGGAGGCUUGCCAUGAGCAAUUCGAUGGUCUUGACGCGGACGGUAGUGGCAGCCUGGAGCCGGUUGAGCUGAUCCCCAUUAUCCAGGCCAUCUGUCAGACGGAGGAGCACGGCGUGGCGAUCACCGAAGAGCGCUGUCAAAGGUUCACGUCGCUUUUUGACACAGAUGGAAACGGGGUCAUCAAGCGGGAUGAGUUCAUAGAGUUUGCACAGUUUCUGACGGUCAUGAACUUCCUCACGAACACGGAGGAGGGACAAGAUGUCUCAAAGAAGGCCACCGACGUUGCUCAGGGUGCUGACAGGAAUCAGGUGCUCCUGCAGAUGCUCGAUGAGGAUCCGGACUUCUUGCAAGAAGUGUUGCAACAGUUGCCCAAGCCGCUCUACUGGGAAAUCACCAGCCUUGACUUUCAAAAGGCUUGCAUGGAUGGCUUCAAGGCCGCAGCUGGCGAGGACUGCGAUGCCGGUAGCACGGUGCCUCCAGGCAUGUUAGUGCCGGUGAUAAACCAGCUGAUCCAGGUACACCCCUUCAAAAUCAGCGAGGAGCAGUGCAACCAUUUUAUGAGCCGAUGGGAUCGAGAGCUGAAGAAUUCGGUGACGCCUGCCGAGUUUUUGCUGCUGGCGCGCUACUGCAUCGUCAUGGGAUAUCUCACCUACCUCGUGGAGAAUCAGGAUGCCUUGAUGGCCGACGUUAUGCUCGGUCAAGAAAAGAUGGAGUCUGUCUUGCAGGGGCUCAGACAGGGCUCUGAGAUGGUUUGGGAUGUGCUGCCCUUCCUCCCACAGUCCCUCAUCGACGAGCUUUCGAGUCCGGAGUUCGAGCUGUCGUGCGAUGAAUUCUUCACACAGCUGGACAAGGACGGCAACGGCACUCUGGAGCCUGCGGAGCUGCUCCCCAUCGUUCAGGACUUGACCCAGGCACACGCGUUCGUUCUCACCGAAGAGCACUGCAAGAAGUUCGUCGACCUUUUCGAUAUCGACAGAAAUGGUAUCAUUGCGAAGCACGAGUUUGUGAAUUUCGUGCGUUAUAUGAUGAUCAUGGCCUUCAUGGAAACUCCAGAGGGCCAGCAGGCGAAGCAGGAGGUGGAGGUCGACAAGAGCAGUCGCGCGGUGGACCGUCUCUUGCACCAGCUGCAAAGAGACCGCGAUGCCAUUAUUAAGGUCAUGCCUCUACUGCCAGAAGCCGUCUACAGCGAAUUGGUGAGCCAGCGUUUCGUGACACAGUUCUCCGACCAGUUCAAGGCUCUUGACAAGGAUGGAAGUGGAGUGUUGGAACCCGCAGAGCUCUUCGACAUCAUCGUCUCGCUCUCCUCUUCUCAGCCGUUCGCUGUCACACAGCAGCAGUGCGAAGCCUUCACCUCCAUUUUCGAUCUGCAUGGGGACGGCGUUCUUCGGCAUGACGAAUUCCUGGAUUUCGCCAGGUUCCUUUGCAUCAUGAGCUAUCUACACAGCUCUGAUGGAGAGGCUGCGGCUGCUGAAGCCGUCAAGGUCUUGGAGGACAGCAAGCGCAUCGAGGACCUUCUCGCAGCCCUGGAACGCGACCACGAAGCCGUUCAGCAGGCCUUUCGGCAACGUGUUGGCGCGAUGACGGAAGUGAAGGUGUCCGACCGGCCGAUGACGAUGCAGGGUGUCAUGGGGAUGAAGACUGGCUCUAUGGGCCCAAAGAGACAGAUUUAUGACAAGACCUACUACCUUGUCGAGCUGCGCAAGCGGUGUCAGGAGCUUGUAGACGAGGUGGCCAGGCUAAACAAGGAGAUCAACGAUAUCCAGCAGGACAACAACGUUUAUGCAUCACUGGAGAAGCGCUAUGACAACCUUGUCAAAACGGUGCGAUCUCUUGAGGGUGACCUCGCAGAUCACAACCUGGCCACGGACAAGCAGCGCACAGACACACGGCCUGAAGAAGUUCACCACAUGUACACCAUCAUGAAGUCUCAGAAUGAACAGCAGCGGGCUGAUGUGGAUCAGAUUUUCCUUGAGAAAAGAAGCCAUGAAGAGGAGAUCGGACGCAUGGAACAGGAGAUCGCCAGCAUUGCCCGCGCCGCCGAGGACCGCUUGAACGAGCUCCAUCCAGAUCAGCGCCGAGAGUACGAAGAGCUGCGGGAAGAGUCCAAGCGACUUAGUUCUGAUCUCGGAGAGGCGCGGGACGAGCUCGACCAGGUGAGUGGAAGACUGAAUGCCGUGGAAAGCAGGCUCCGAAGCGAUCCUCUUCGCACACGACAUCAGCAGUUGAAUCAAACACGACGUGAGUUUGAAAAUCAGCUGAUCCAACUUCGCCAGGAGGUCCAACAAGGGUCAAUGAGCAUUCCGGAGCAGCGCGAAAUCCUUCUGUCGAAGGUCAAGAACGACAAUGGGGAGAUCGUUGCAGCAGAAAAGAACAACAGUGAGUUGAAGCUUGACAACGAGCGCCUUCGAGCGCAGAUAAAGGAGGUUCAGGCGGAUGCGCAAGAAAAGAAGGAUGAGAGCAGCGACCAACAGAAGUACGAGAUCCUAUUUACGAAGGACCAAGAGAUGACGGCCUUCAUUGAGGGCUUUGCCGACAGCAAGGCAGAGGAGGAGAGAAAGAUCAAAGAAAAGCAGGAGAGCAUUGAGCGGCUCCUGCAAAACAUCUCCAAGAGCUUGGACUUGCCGACCGAUGUCACUCCGGAGUCUCACCUGAGAGACAUGGAGGAUGAGUUGGACUUCAAGAGCCGACAGCUGCAGAACUCGGAAACCACGCAGAGCCGCCUGGAGGGGGAGCUUGCCAAACGUGAAGGAGAACUCGAGAAGAUCGAGAGCCUCGACGUCAAGAUCUCCCUAGAGCUGUCUCAGGUUGAGGAAAAGAUGAAGCAGUACGAGAAGGAGAUGGCCGAGAGGUACGACAAGAUCGAGGAUAUGAAAGCACAAGGCGCUCUGGAAUUGCAGAAGCUAGAAGAGUCGAAGAGGAACCUCGAGGAGCGAUCUGUUGCACUGCGACAGCAGGUGAAUUUCAUUCGCCUUAGAUACGACAGCAAACGCCAGCAGUUGCAAGAUGACGAGACUGCCGCGAACCUUGAGGGAUACGAGACCAAGAUUCGACAGUUCGGUCAGACCUUGCAUACUCUUCGCACUUUCAUUCUGCAAAAGACGUCAGAGUCAGACUUCCGUGCUGAGAUGGCAAGCUGCCUAGAUGUUGCGGGGCAGCUGAACAAAAUGCUCCAGGACAGUGCUCUGCGACCGCCGCCUCCUGUUUGA